AUGCAACUCUCUCAGCUCCUUCUGGCCACCAUCCUCGCCGCUCCCGCGGCCCUCGCUGCCCCGGUCGCUUCCAGCGUGUCCAUGAUGGCUGCUAGUCCCGAGUGGACUAUCCAGAGCAUGAAGCGCGUCUGCGCUACCAAUGAUUCCUCUUGCACCUGGACCUUCGGCAUCUACCCCGGCUCCGGCGAUGCUACUGCCUGCAAACUCGUCGUGACUGCCAACACUGCCUCCCAGGCCAAUGGCGGUCCUUCAUCAUGCGGCGACUACACCGUUACUUCUGGCUGGAGUGGCCAGUUCGGCCCAGGCAACGGCUUCACUACCCUGUCCGUUGUCAACAACAAGUCUCGCCAGAUCAUCUGGCCCGCCUAUACCGACAAGCAGCUUGCUGGUGGCAAUGUUGUCACUCCUGACCAGAGCUAUGCCCCCGCUGCUCUCCCUUAA